CCGAAUUCCGUCGCAGCCCGCGGACGAAGUCGAGGGCACGACCACGACCAGGGGCGUGCUGGUCCGAAACGGCAGCACCAGCAGUUUUUGCCGGUAAAAUCCGAGCCGCCGGAUGACGAGGAGGGAGGCAGAUCACCAGGAAAAUCGCAUGAGCGAUUACGUUUUGUUGAAGCAGCAACAGCAACGACGGCUCGUCUUAGUGGUAGAAAUCAACAAGAAGUUCGUCUGCGAGUCGGACCACUCAGAGUUAUAGUUAAAAAAGAGCUCUCUGAUGUAGUAGUUCCCGAAACAAACACAAGAAGCGUAGGAGGUGGUGCAUCUUCAUCAUCAUCUCGAAGAACCGAAGAAAAUCGAGGUGGCCAGGAGGGCCGCGGAGUGGCUGAAGAUUUUCGUGCUGGUGAAGUCGAACCCUUCUCGAAAAGAGAUCAUCAUCAUGGUGGGGGCCAUCCACUGGCACAGCGGCCGGCUCCUGUGAUGGAAGGUGAUGCCAGAGUCUCCACCAGCCGCAACCUCCAGGAGGAGGAAACUGCCGCUGCGAGACCAACAGUAGGAAGCACUGGCGAAGGAGACAGAACGGAGGAGCAGGAGGACGCGGCGGGGGAGGAUGCUGCUCCUCCUGAACCUGAAGAUUCUGAUGCUGAUCAUGCGACAGAGUCGGAAACAGAGGAAGGAGCGGGGGAUGAAACAGAUGAGGAAGUGGAAGAUGAGGAUGUUGAUCAACCAGCACCAGCGAGAACUAUUCACUCCCAUUUACAUCUUCAUCACCCACACCUGAAUCCCGAACGCUGCCGGAGCUUUCUCUACGGCCCGCCGGAAGUUCGUGAGGCAAACAGAAGAACCCAGAAGUUUACCGAAGCAGCGCACGACGAGGAGCAGCAGCUACGGAUUGAGCAGCAACAAGGGGCCCCGGGAGAGCCGGGGCAAGAUUUUUCUGCUCGCGCUGGCGCAGGUCAACAUCUUAGAGGAGAACAUCC